CCACACCCAAACAGGCCCUGGAGUAGACUGCUAAACCGUAGUGGGCCCAUCUUCCUCGAUCAGUCCACGCCGUCGGCGGCGCUCCCUUCCGAGUUCCGCCGCCGCGAGCCGUAGCCCGUAGCCCGCCGAGGACACACGAUGGAGGAAACAGACGCCAAGAACGCCGCCGCCGCCGCCUCCUCCCCUCUCUUCUCCUUCUCCAGCCCGAACGCAUCCUUUGGGUUCGGCUUCGGCUUCGGCGCUUCCUCCGGACCUCCUCCUCCGCCUCCGCCGCCACCCGUCGAGGUGCUCCUCUCCGAGGAGUCGCCUGUGACAGCCGGCGAAUUGGAGCCCGUGGUGGUUGAUGACUCCCUGUCGAUCUACAAGGGGAGAGCUAGUACUUCUGAUGUUUUUGGAGUCAAAAACUCUGAUUUGGUCCCAGGGAAAUAUGAAGGUGGGUUGAAGCUCUGGGAAGGGUCACUGGACUUGGUGAAGACCCUAAACUCAGACAUCAAAGAAGGCCGAUUGCUUAUAGAACACAAACAUGUAUUAGAGCUAGGAUGUGGGCAUGGCCUCCCUGGUAUCUUUGCUGGUCUUAAGGGUGCUGGUCUAGUUCACUUCCAAGAUUUCAAUGCUGAGGUCCUUAGGUGCCUUACCAUACCAAAUGUAAAGGCCAACCUAUUAAAGGAAUCAUCUGAAGAAAAAAUUACAUCUAUGAGUGUUGGUUUCUUUGCCGGUGACUGGAGCGAAAUCGACAGUCUGCUUCUUCGUGCAGAUGCUGACCAGGAUAAAUCAACCAACAGUCAUGAAAACAAUAAAGCGUAUAACGGCUAUGAUAUCAUCCUGAUGGCUGAGACUGUCUAUGCAGUAUCUUCACUCCCUAAUCUCUACAGGCUCAUCAAGAAGUGCCUGCACUACCCUGGAGGUAUAGUUUACAUGGCAGGUAAAAAGCAUUACUUCGGAGUAGGUGGUGGCACAAGGCAAUUUGUACGCUUGGUUACAGAAGAUGGGGCGAUGCAGUCCGACCUACUUGCUGAAGUUGCUGAUGGAUCAUCGAAUGUUAGGGAGGUUUGGAAAUUCUCAUUCAAAUAGACUAGGACCGUCCAUGUGAUUGUUGAAGAAACCAGAAACAUGUACUGGCUCCAUAUUGGUCAAGCGGAAGCCUAGUUUAUGUGUUUCUUAUGUUCUGUUAAUGUACUGGGUCAGUUUUUGAGAUACUUGUUACCUCCUUUCAGAGGUCUUAAAUUGGAUACAAGAACUUGAAAAGCUCAUCUAAGUUCUCCUGGGGUCUUAUUAGUUACCUCUGGAUUGCCUCUCUUUCACGUAUCCCCUUCUCUUUGAGAUCAUAAAUUUACAUGACCUUCUCCUGCACUGUUUCAUAUUUUCUCAGACAAAGGUAGCAUUUUUUUUAAUUGCUUGUUUCAAAGAUUCUGUGUAAUUCUAAUGGCAGGGAACUGAUUGACAAGUCAGCCAAUUAGUGGAACAAGAAACAGAACUGUACCCCGAUGCACCUUUCUUAUUUGCAGAUAAAAUCACUCAUGCCAUGCUGUCAUGCAAUGCAACCAGGAAGGUUCUCCAGUAAAUACAAGGUGGGAUGUGCUCCGACAAAUGGUAUGGGAGCAGCUGUGUGAAUGAGGGAGGGACAUGGAUGUGAAAGGCCGGGGGUAGUCCCAUGUGGCAUGAAGGAAUCAAACAUUAGAGCAAGCCUUGUCCUUUUCUUCAUGUUCCAUUGUUGCUGAUCUCUCAGGCAUUGUACCACAUUGGGGUCAUUCCAUGUGCACCAUACUGUUCAUGUCCUCCACGAUCUGCAUUCCAUGUUGCACUGCUGUAUAUCUUUGUCUUUGCAGCUACUCCUCCCUUGAGCUUACUUACAAUGAUGGGCAUGCAGUUGCAGGACGCCGGGAUCAGCAGCCGGACGGCCAGCUUCUUCCACUACCAGAGGCUGGAAUGCCGGGACGACGGUGGCCCGCCGCCGCCGCCGCAGUUGGCCAAGUGGCGGUGGCUGCCGGCGCUCAACGGCGAGCCGGCUUCUCCCUGCUUCCUCCAUGUCAAGAAGCUGAAAUGGAGAAGGAUCACUUCGGUCCUCCUGCCGAGAAAGGUGGCGGAGCUCUCCUCCAAGAUCCGCCAUGCCGGGUCGACGAUGGCCGCCGCCGACAUCUGCCCGACCAUCAUCUUCGCGUCGCAGUGGGGGCUCCCGGUGCUCUCCCGGCCAUUGCUGGCUGGUAGCAAGACCAGGUAUCGCCAU